AUGCAUUGCAAAAUACACAAAAAGCAUUACCCUCCGGCAAUAUUGGGCGAUGAGGUUUGGAGAUUGGAGAAAAUAGGCAAAGGUGGAUCAUUUCACAAGAGGCUGAACAAAGCUGGAAUAUAUACAGUUGAAGACUUCCUACGAUUUGUGGUUAGGGAAUCUCAAAAAUUGCGAAGUAUUCUUGGAAGUGGCAUGUCAAAUAAAAUGUGGGAUGUUCUUGUAGAGCACACGAAGACUUGUGUUCUCAGUGGGAAACUCUAUUUACAUUAUUCUGAUGAAACAAGGAAUAUUGCCGUUGUCUUCAACAAUAUCUAUGAGUUAAGUGGCUUAAUUGCUAAUGGACAUUAUUAUUCAACGGAUUCUCUCUCUGAUGAUCAGAAGGUAUAUGUCGACAGCUUAGUGAAGACGGCAUAUGACGAUUGGAUGCAUGCUGUAGAGUACGAUGGCCAGACUCUUCUAAGCUUCAAGCAAAACCAGAUUACAGGCGCUUCUCAAAUUGAAGCUCCAAUUGAUCCACUAGAUUUUACAAACUCAUUUGAACAUCAGGUUGCUCUUCCGACCUUAUCUGUUCCUGUCCCUCCUGAAUACCCUUGUCUGGAUUCAGGUCCAGCUAUUCCAGGGUAUGAUGAAAGUAUAGGUUCCAAGUUCCCAAUUCAGAUGCAGAAUGACAAUCUCAAUACUGCUUUUCAGCUUGACACCACUUCAUUCCGACUUCAGAACCCAUUGACUGCUUCUCAUCAAACCCAACUUACAAGAAGUGAAAAUGUAAUAGCUGUUGGUCUACCAGAGUCAUCUGCAUCAGGUUUCCCUAGUGUUAGCACAGACUUUGCAUCUUAUAGGGGAGCUAACACCUUACUUCAACAAGAGGAGAUCCGAAUGAGAAGCAAUGAGAUGCUUGGGAAUGAAGAUAUGCAGCAUCUGCUUCGUAUGUUCCACAUGGGAGGCCAAGCUCAUGCCUCCUUUGAUGAUAAUGAAAAUGGGUUUCCUUAUUCUUCUACAUAUAUGUGCAAUACACCCCUAAACUACAGCUUUGUAGAUGAUCAAACCCGUUCAUCAGGCAAAGCUGUCAUUGGAUGGCUCAAGCCCAAGGCAGCCCUCAGAUGGGGAAUUUUUGCCAGGAAGAAGGGUGCUGAGAGGCGGACACAACUUGUUGAAUUGGAUGAUUAA